CUUACGUCAGACGUGUGAACAACAAACAGUUGUUGGACUUCAACAAGCUAGCGAAUGGUAACGCUAGACAAAAACAGGUUCAACGUACUUCUCCCGGACAGAGGGAAAUCUACGACACCGGAGCGGUCUGAACAGCUUCAUAACAUCAUCCUAAACAGCACUGUUCGUACCGGCAGGUGUAGCUUCGGCACGGUUGCCUAGCGCUAACGUUAGCCACCGAAACAUGCUCAAUGCUCGGACUGUGACGCCUGUUUUUUUUCUGGCUGCCGCUGGUCGAGGGUUGUGAUGCGAGCAGCCGAGUUGCAGCACGACAGAGGGUGAGACAAGAACCGGAAAAAUAAUUUUCUUGACACUGAAGAAUGGUGGAGAAACAGACGGGCUCACGUAAAGAAGCUGGCAUGCGACCGUACCCGGGCCUGGACGUCAUCGUUAGGCAACAACUUUAGCAAGCUAGCUAACAUUAGCUCGCCUCAAAUCCAUGCAAAUGAAUUGGUUUGGUGUCAGGCAGUAAGCUCCCUCUGCUAGCGUAAUGGAUGCACCCUGACAGCUUGUUUAUUUCAAUUGACUGUCCUGUUCUUCUUAAAUACUGCUGGCAAUGUGCUGACGAACAGCAAGCGUUUCGUCGGUUUCCACUUGGAGCAAUAACACAUACAUUAUCAAGUGUGUUGGUUGCCUGCCUGGUUGUGCAAAGUUGUCUUGUUUGGCUGAAUAUCUAUUUCACAUGUGCAUCACAUAUUUCUUUAAACUAUAUUUGUGUUCAACUGCACUUUAAUUACCACAUUUUAAGGAUGCACCAAAGUCACCUGUGGUUUUUGAAAACUAUUAUAAAAAGUACAACAAACUAGUUAAAAAUAUAUAAUUAAUUUCCUAAUUGCACUUUAAUAUAAUUUGGUCCAUAAAGGAAAGGGAUAGGUGCACGUUAGCGUACAUUGUUGUAAGACAAAGACCAGAAACAGUCUUAUUCGUGUCAGUGGGUUACUAGUUACUCUUUAAUCCAGGCUGUCUGGCACAGUGAAAGACUGAGUUUCACUUGAAAUGAAAACAUGAAUAUCGAAGAGCAGUGUCUAGAUUUGUGCAACGUCAAGACAAAAAGCAAUGUGGACGAUGAUCACAACACUACCAACAACACUGAAGGGGUCACCCCCCGGAUUUCUGAACUGAUGACGGACAGUACCACAGAAAUACAAAACAUUGUUCCAACAGGGGCCCCAGAAACAUACCUGAUGCCUCAGCUCACUGACAACCUUCAGGCAGCUGAGGAGGACAAUCACCAGGCACAAGACACACUGGAAAUUGACGAGGUCAAUGGAAAUACAAAAGGCAGUGCUCAAGACUCCCCCGCUGUUGUGAAUCCUACUGACUUGAUAUUUUCUAAUGAUGAGCAGCACAAGGACGAUAUUGUGGUUGAGAAAAUGAAGGAAGAAAAAGACAUUGAUCCUGCAACAUUUGUUGUUGAAGAAGGGGAUGAUGGUGGGGACAUGGACAUAGGUGUGGAUCUGAGUCUUGAUGAGAGUGGGGUGUUGGAGACGGAAUCAACAAAUGUCCAAUCUUUUUCAGACAAUAUUUUAGACUCAGAGUCCACGUCUCAGGAUGUCUGCACGGCAGAGAGCCUGUCAGAUGCAGGCCAGACAGGCAGCACAGAAGCCUCUAACACGGGCCCGGCUGGACUGUACCCUUCAGUGGAGGAGGGGGACGAUAAACACAAACCAACUGGCAAAAGGGUGACAUUUCCCUCAGAUGAGGAUAUUAUAUCUGGAGCAGUGGAGCCCAAGGACCCCUGGAGGCAUGCUCAGAAUGUGACGGUGGAGGAGAUCCUCUCUUCCUACAAACAAGCCUGUCAGAAACUCAACUGUAAACCCAUAUCCAAAGUGCUCAAACAGAUACAGGAACUGAAAGACCUGACUCAGCGCAAUGAAUGCUUGGAUCUAAAAGGUGAGAAGCUGGACUACAAAGCAUGUGAGUCUCUGGAGGAGAUUUUGAAGAGGGUCCAGUUUAAAGUGAUAGACCUGGAGCAGACCAACCUGGAAGAAGAUGGUGCGUCAGCUCUGUUUGACAUGAUCGAGUACUACGAGUCCGCCACACAUCUCAACAUCUCCUCCAACAAGCACAUCGGCACCCGGGGAUGGCAGGCCGCAGCUCACAUGAUGAGAAAGACGAGCUCCCUGCAGUACCUGGAUGCACGCAACACUCCUCUGCUGGACCACUCGGCUCCCUUUGUGGCACGAGCGCUCAGAAUCAGCGGCAGCCUGGCAGUGCUCCACCUGGAGAACGCCGGUCUGUCGGGCAGACCGCUCAUGUUACUGUCCACGGCUCUGAAGAUGAACAUGAACCUGCGGGAGUUGUACCUGGCAGACAACAAGCUCAACGGCCUGCAGGACUCGGCUCAACUCGGCAACCUGCUCAAGUUCAACUACAACAUUCAGAUCCUGGACCUGCGCAACAACCACAUCCUGGACUCUGGUCUGGCCUACGUGUGUGAAGGGCUAAAAGAGCAGAGGAAAGGCCUCGUCACUUUGGUGCUAUGGAACAACCAGCUCACACACAAUGGCAUGGGCUACCUCGCUGCUGCACUGCCAUGCACGCAGAGUCUGGAGACCCUGAACCUAGGCCAUAACUCCGUGGGUAACGAAGGGGUCCACAAGCUGAAAGACGGACUGAUUGGAAACCGCUCUGUGCUCAGGCUGGGCCUCGCCUCCACCAAACUGUCCUGCGAAGGAGCUGUGGCUGUGGCUGAAUUCAUCGCUGAGAGUCCCAGACUGCUGCGCCUGGACCUUCGAGAGAAUGAGAUAAAGACGGGCGGACUGAUGGCCCUGUCGCUCGCUCUCAAAGUCAACACCUCUCUGCUGCGCCUGGACCUGGACCGGGAGCCCAAGAAAGAAACUGUAAAGAGCUUCAUUGAGACCCAGCGCGCCCUGCUGGCUGAGAUCCAGAACGGCUGCAAGAGGAACUUCAUCCUGGCCAAGGAGAAGGAGGAAACCGAGCAGAUGAUGAGGCAGUCGGCGUCCAUGGCUGAAAUCGCUACAGAGGAUGGGACCAGAGAAGAAGAGGAGCCGGCAGCAGAGGGUAUAGGGGACGCAAAGGGGAAAGAGGGAGAGGGAAAAGUUGAAGCAACAAGAGAUGAAGCACAGACAGUCAGCCAAUCAGGAGAGGGCACCGAGACGAGCAUUCCUCAGAUGAUCCUGGACUCGGACUCGGACACUGAUGAUGAGGACGGAGAGGAGGUGGUGACGAAGUCUUCUUCCACAUCAAACUCCGCCACUCGCUUUAGCCACACUUCUGCUCAAACCCAGACCACCCAGCCCCCCCGCAGUGCCUCAGCCACAUCCUCCCCCCCACCUGCCUCACCCGCCCCUGGGCCCAGUGUUAUAUCAGGCAUCACCGUCACAGAGGCAACAGUUCCCCCCGGGACCCCUCCUUCUCCUGGGCGCUGUAUAUCCGUCUCUAGUCCAGGGAGGGGGCACAAGAUCUUCAUGGUAACUCGGGUGGAGAGCCCCCCUGAGCAGCAGCAGCAGCAGCAGCAGCUUCAGCUUCUUCAACCUCCGACGAGAGCCCCUGCAGCCACCCGCCAGCCGAAAGAGGCCUCAGAGAAGCCUGUAGACGUGAACACACCCUCAACACAGCAGACCCCGCCUUUAUCCCAAACACAAGUGACCCAGGAGGAGGUGAAGGAGACCCCAGCUGCUCCGUCAACAGACUGUACGCUCGCAGAGGAGAGUCCUGUAGCGCUAGAUACUGAGAUCGAGCCAGAGUCUACGAGUCCGCCCUCAGAGGAGGUGACAGCCAGCGCUUUAGAUCCAGAGGAGACCGACACCAGUCAACAAGCACCAGCUCUGCCUUCAGAUUCCUCAUCAGUGCCGGAGGCAGCGCUUCAGCCCACUGAGGAGGAGGCAGAGAGCAUUAAAGACUCCACACAUGAGCCCACUGGUGAAGAAGGAAAAGAGGAAGGAGAGGAGGGGAAGGAAGAGGAAGGCCGUUUAGAGGGUGAGACAGGGGUGAGCACAGAAGGAGAGUGUAAACUGUUAGAGGAACCGAGUCAAACUGAGACUAGUAUCCCUGCGGUUCAAACAGAGCAGCAGCAGGAAGAGAUACAGGAGGAGGUAGAAUCUGUCUCAGAGGAGCAGCAGGCGCCGAACCAAACAGAAGAAGAGAAGGAGACACUUCCACUACAGGAAGAACAGGAAGCACCAGCCAACCUUUCAGAAAAUGAAAAACCCAGUUUAACAGAUAUAGAGGACAGCCAACCAACACAAGAGGAACCAUAUCCAGAGCAGGAAACUGAGGGCGAUGAACAGGAAGUAGAGCCUGUCCUCUCUGUCCAGACUGAGGAAGUCUCUCAGGGAGCAGCUCAGGAGUUAAACCCUGCAGCAGGAGACGCCUCACAGAGGACCGAACCUGCCGCAGCCGAGUCCGUCUCUGCAGUCCAAGACGAAGACUCACUGGAAGAGAGCUCUGCGGACGAGGACGAGGUUUUCGCCGAGGCCCCGGAGGAACAGAUCAUCGCUUCAGCUCUACCCAACGGCCUGAAGCCAGAGUUCUCCCUCCAUCUCCUCAACGCUGAGAGCCCAAAGCCCGGCAGCUGUGUGAUGGAGCACGUGAGUGUCAGCUGCGGGCAGGAGCUGGAGGAGCUGCUGCUGGAAGCCAGUUUGGAGACGGGGAGAGACGCACCAUGAGGUCGUGAGGGACGGUGAAGACAAAAAGCACUUGGAUAGUUUGUCUGGCUCUACCACGUGACGUGCAUUGCCCUACAAUGUUUUCGUCAUUCCUUUGACUUUACCACCAACACGACCUUUCCACAAAGGCCAGAAGAACUGGUGUUACAGCCGAAGCACUACACAAGCGAAUCAUGGAAAGACACAGGAGGACUCAAAUCUACUUUGGAGCUUUGCUGUGACCAAUAAGGAACCUUUCACGUCCACACUACAUCAACCACUGAAACACAUACAUAUACACACUAUGAGGAUGAGGGGGGUAAAGGAAUAAAAUCACACUGUCAUCACUACAUUUUGUCAAUCUGCAAUCUUUAAACCCAAGCAGCCGCCUGUACGUGAGAGCAAAGACAGCUGGGGGAUAAAACACUAGCCAAAGACAGAACAGACCUUCCUCACAGCCCUCGUCUUGUCCUCUUGUGUAGAUCUCCACUGUACUCGGUAAAAUAUCUAGCAAUUAAAGUUUUUUUUUUUCCUCAUAAGACACAAAGAUAUAUCGGUGAUGAGAGGAAAGUGGGGUUGAUGGCACAGUCACGAGACAAAAAUAACGGACCCUGUUGAGCGGACCUGCGUGUGUUUAGAGGGGGAAGUAUGUCGCUGUCAGAGGCUUUUAUAUCUAAGGGGGGGGUGUUAAUAUGUCUGUUUAAAUGUCAGCGUUUUAUGUCUGUGUCCCCCUACUCCCCCGGCCAUUUCUGCUCCUUCUGGAAAAAAAUAAGAAACUCUGCCAAAGUGACCUCCCCCCAUCUGUUUUCUCCCCCUUUGCUCACUUUGGCCCCUCAGGAAUCAGCGUCCCCCUCAGAUGUGGAGGAGCUGCAACUGUCUCUACACUAAUAUAACAAAACAACCCUUCCUGAAAGUCGGCCAUUUUGCUCCCAGCUGAAAAACCCAGAACUUGUGGGAAAGUGAAAUAUCUGAUAUGGUUCCCCCCCCCCUUCUUCCUCCCCCCCAGUCUUCCUCUGGUACUGUCUGUUAUCUCUCCGCUCUCAUCAUUCAUGUUGCCUUCAAAACUCACCACUUGAGAUUCAGUCUUCGUUUUGUUUGGGCUGCUUUGAGAAAUCACUUAUUUUCUAUUUAUUGUAUAGCUAUACGAGCCUUCUCUUGAUUUAUUUCCCCCCCUGUUCUUCUUCACCCCCCAUCCUCAUUCUGUCAUUUAUUUUCCAUCUUGGGGUUUGCUUUUAAAGAGUAACCCCAUAUUUGUUGAUGUAUAUUUCAGAUUCAAAUUAGAGCAAAUAUUUAGUUUUUGUUUUGUGUUUGGGGGGGUUGGGUAAUCUGUAUUGGAGGGAAAGGUAAAUAUGGUUGACUAUAUGGUAGCAGUCGGGGUGCAGUAAUGAAAGCGAACACAAGGAGGCAGCAAACUUUAUUUCAUAUCAAAGUGUUGUUGUUGUUUACUCUGCUGGGUGAAGCUGUGGCCACGAGAGGGCGCUGGUGGUUCUUCCCUCAGAGGAGACAGAAAUAAAGACAUCACAUCUGAUCAGCUGAUGUCUCCGCCCAAAUCCAGCUCCUGUCCUGAGGCACAAACAGGCAGGUGUUUGUUUGUUUGUUUUCUUCAAAGGAGCAGCACUCAACCCUCCUGCUCCUCUCCACCCAACAGAUAGUCUGCCCCCACUGUUUGUUAUGCUUUAAUUUUUAGACAUUUUUAAUAAUAAUUUGUUAACUUAAUUGAAAUGUGCUGGUAAUCACAAAGAUAUGUAUGGCAAAUGUGUUCCUCUCAAAUAAAUGCAUGUAAUGACUAAAUUAUAUGACUGAAUGUUUCAAUGUCUGAACUGCAGGAGAAGAAAAGUGAUCAGAUUUUUUAACUCAGCUGCUGACUCUUUAAACCACUACGAAAUGCUUUGCUGGGAACAGUCCAAACGUCACUUCUAUAAAACAGUAUUGGUUAUUCAAUACAAGAUUGAAAAGUACAGUCGCCAUAGAAGUAGAUUUGUAUUUAAAUGUUUUGUUAAUAAAUACCAAAACAACACUUACAUCUGCUGCACACUGAACAAUCUGAAACGUUGGCUUUAAUUAAAUGUAUUAUGUCAACAGAUUUCACGUAACUGCAUUAAGUUAUGUGAAAGCAAUACUGUUACGUUUAAAUAAAAUAUUAGGUUCAACUUAAUACUAUUGCUUUCAACUAACCUUAUACAGUUAUAUGAAAUGUGUGGACAUAAUACAUUUAAUCAAAGUCAAGGCUUCAGUGUAUUUCAGUUCAGGGAGUUUUGGUUACAAUGUUUUUUUUGUUUGGUCAGGUGUUUUCUGUAACAAACUGCCCCUGACACUGGAACAUGAAGAUAGUAAUAAACAAUUCUUCAACUUAAGGUUAAACUGUUAGACAUUUCUCUUUUUGCUUUGGUGUCUUCUGAUAAUGAUCUGUUUUAUAGAAGAUGAUCAAAGACCAAGAGUCAGUCUGGCUGUAUUUAUGCAGAGUUUAUAGACGGAUGUUAUGGAUAGAAACAAUUCCCAUGUUGAGAACUUGCAAGCUUUAACAUCAUAAACACAGCUGUAUGAUAACAGAGGCUUGAUAAUGAUUAAAAUCCUGCACAUAUAAGGUGUCCAUAUUUGUUUAAUUUUCAAGUACUUCUGUAUCAUUUUAUAUCCACGUUUCCUAGUCAAAAUGACGGAUAGCCUCUCAUGACAUGAACUUGGCAUUUGGGAAAACCAUGAUUUGAAACGAUUAAAUGACAAAUAAAAGUUCUUAUUCUGUA